AUGCUGGUUCAAGAGGUCCUCGACCCGAGCCAUGCUUGCGAGGGCCGGCUGGGCCCAAAGAUGGUUGCCAAGCUGUUUGAUGCCAAAUAUCUUGACCCUUACGACCACCCGCCCAGCUAUGCAGAUCACCAGUACCUGCGGGAAAGUUCGGCCUACCGUUAUCUCAUCCGUCAUGGCCUGGAUCAGCAUAUUCCAAGGUUCUAUGGCUCGUGGUCCACGAUUAUCGUGGACACCCAAGGUCGGCAGCGAUCAGUCCGGCUGGUCUUGACCGAGUACAUCGAAGGAACGGAUAUGGCGCAUCUGCGGCCGUCGGACUUCUCGCCCAACGAACGCAAGGAUUUGUUGCGGCAGGUCGUAGAAGCCGAGUCGCGCUUCUACACCCUGGACCUGCGCCAUGACGACUUGUUCCCCCGGAAUGUCAUCGUUACUGAGACGCAGCGGGUUGUGAUCAUUGACUUCGGGCUGGCCUGUAUUGGUCGCUCUGCGUCCGACAUCUACGACUUCGAUGACCCCGAUGAUCUCCUAGAUGGAAAUUAUAUCAGCCCGAUCGUGCGCUGGUGGCGGGCCCAGGACGUGAACGACGAAUGGGCCUUGUCCGGGUGGAUCACCUGGAGCUGGAAUCAGUGGCUGGUCGACACUUGGAGCAGCGAUAUUCCCAACAUCACCCCGGCCAUGCUGAAGUGGCUUCCGUCUGAUGAGCGCGAGAAGCCGUUCUUCUAUCACUUGUUCAAUGGGUGCGAUCGAACAUUGCCCGAGUGGUAUGUUGCCUAUAAAGAUCGGAUGCGGUUCUAGGUGGCAUGGACCACUCUAAUCGUAUUUUCAUUCCCAGUCUCAAUAUCACCAGCAUUAUUAUAAGUCUACCUGGAACCAUCUCUACCAUCGCGUCAACUAUCACUCUGGGGGUGGCUGGG